UUCGAGAUUUCGUGAUUAUCAGUGGGUGAAUCAGUAUCUUCACUUUUAUAAGUAAGAUAAUCGCGCGUCCUAUAUUUUUCAGUCCUCUCGUGCACCAGUGAUAAAAAAAAAUCGCUGUCAUUCAUACCGAAAGCACUGUAGAAGCAGCGACACGAUGCGAGCGCUGUUCACAUCCGCUGUGAUUGUGAACGUUUUAUGCCUAGCGCAAUGCUACAAAAUCCUCACGGUUUUCCCAACGGCUGCUCCCAGUCACUUUAUCCUGGGGGAGGCCAUCGCCAGGGGGCUGGCCGAAGCCGGGCAUGACGUCACUAUGGUCAGCCCGUUCGAGACGAAGAAUCCGCCGAAGAACGGCAAAGUUAAGGACGUUGUGUUGACUGGGCUUAUUGAAGAACAUAACCGCACGGUGAUACACUUGUUCCAAAUGGAACAGAUAAACAUGUUCACUCACAUCUUGGCAAUGAACUUUAUGGGAAACAGAAAUAUGAAAAAGGUGCUGGAUCAUCCCAAUUUACAAAAAUUGCUAAAAUCCGGUGAAAAAUUUGACGCUGUGGUCAUGGAACAGUUUCUUAACGAUGGACUAAAACCACUUGCCAAACAUUUCAAUGCGCAUUUGAUCCUCUUCAGCACGAUUGGACCGAAUAUGUGGGUAAAUGGAUUGGUUGGAAACCCUGAUCCAUCAUCUUACAUCCCUGACUGGAAUAUCGCCUAUCCCAUCGAAAUGAACCUGUACCAAAGAACCUGGAAUCUCAUAAUAAAAACCAUAUGGUACGCCAGUCUACAUUUACUGUCCUAUCCGGGGCAUAAAAAGAUUGCCGAAGAGUAUCUACCAAAGGGAAUCGACUUUGAUACCGCCCUGUAUAACGUCUCAUUGGUGCUGUGUAAUUCACAUGAAAGUACGAAUCAAGCUGUACCAGUGGUGCCCAAUAUGGUACAAAUCGGAGGGUUCCACAUCAAACCUCCCAAGAAAUUGCCACAGGAGCUCCAGGAUUUCAUGGAUAGCGCAAAGGAAGGUGUAAUAUACUUCAGUUUAGGAUCAAACAUAGUACCAUCGACGAUGGGAGAGGAAAAGAAGAUGGCUAUUCUGAAAGCAUUUGGAAAACUGAAGCAAAAGGUCCUGUGGAAGUGGAAUGAGGAUACAAUUCCCGGUAAACCAGAUAACGUGAAACUGGCGAAGUGGUUCCCUCAGCAAGACCUGCUUGCGCAUCCCAACAUGAGACUAUUCGUAACCCAUGGAGGCCUUCUCAGCGCGUUUGAAACAAUCUACCACGGAAUACCUGUUUUGGCUCUUCCAAUUUUUGCAGACCAAAGCAUGAACGCAGCCAGAGCUCAGGAAGCCGGCUUUGGAUUAUUUAUGCCAUUUUCGGAAAUCACUGAACAAAAACUGGAUGAAGCAUUACAAAAGCUGCUCAACGACCCCAAGUAUGCUGAAAAUGCUAAAAGAAGAUCCAGUUAUUUCCAUGAUAGGCCAAUAAAGCCUAUGGAUUUGACCACUUACUGGAUAGAAUACGUGAUUCGUCACAAAGGCGCUGAACAUCUCAGAGUUGCAGGCGCAAAACUCCCUUGGUAUCAGUAUUACAGUUUAGACUCCAUCGUAGUUAUACUGCUAGUUAUAACCUCCCCUUAUUUCUUGCUUAAAUUCUUUUUGAGGCUGAGAAAAAAGAGCGCUAAAGCUAAGAAAGAAUGAGUGGCUUAAGUACCCGAGAUAAUAUAUUAUUACGGUAAAUAACGUGAUCGAAGUUCAUACAUCAAUAAUGAAUUUAGAAAAUAUUAAGAGUUUUAUUUAUAGUUACGUCCACUUGAAUGUCGAGUACUGAAACCAGCCUUGGAUGAGACUAGAAAAAUACGCGAAAGUUAUUAUACAGGGUGGGCGAUAUGCAACAAUCGACUCAUUAUUUAAGUAACACGUUUUAACAAUACGGACGAGUUGUGGGAUCCUGCAGCUCUAUAUAUUGGCCACCCUGUAUAAUACAAAUAAUAAAUAGAUGCGGAAGUGAAGUACCAUGGUUAGGGCGAGGUACUGAAUACCGUUCUCUGAGUGCCUCUCACCCUUCCAACUCCAUAACCACUUGACAUAGUAUAAACAAAGUAGAUGCCUUCGAGGCAGCCACAAAAACUGACUAUUAUCGUUAAUAUUUAUGCCCACAUAAUAGGCGAGUUUUUAUAUCGUAGCUUUUAUUUUUGUAUGUUUCACUUUUUCAAAGAAUUACUCAUUUCCAAAACAAUUAGUCGCUUUUUAUUUAAGACCCAUAGAUAUUCACUAUGCCUCAAGAAAUAUUUGAAUGUUAAGCUUAUAGCUUGCAAACCCAAACACAACAUUAAAAAGGCGUACAAUUUUGGAACAAGAUAUUAAAGCUAUAUUUCAACAAAAUUCAUGUCGCGAUAAACAUAAGUGCUUUUGAUAAAUAUUUAUCAACUUAUUGACGCAAAGAAUAGAUAGCAUUAUCUAACAAAACGUGUAUGUUGUCAGUCGUCAGUCAUUUAGAAAAUUACACAAUAUGGUAAAGUGUUAAUUACACAGGCCGACAAUAUUUUAGCCAGAAACCAGAGUACUUAUUAAUUUUUUGUUGCUUUGAAUCCCAAUCCGUAGUUCAAAUAUCUCAACAGGCUCUAGUUUUUGAGAUCCUAACCUAAAAGAGCACAAAUACAAUAUUUUCCAUGAAUAUCCAUCACAGUAGAAUAAUAGCUGAUUAUCUAGUGACAUUUCAAAACUCCCCAUAUCGACAACUGACACAUCAUUCAUUCUAGAAGGUACGUCAACGCCACAUAGACAGAUCCGUACUUUCUUGUGGUUUUUUGUACGCUACAGAUUCAUUUUGUUCUUGCUAACAACUCUUUCAGUUAGAGAAGUUCUUUUUCAUUUAAAAAAAAAAACGCUACAAGCAUAAUGGCUGCUAAUGAUCAGACUACAUUUCAAGUCAGGUAGGAGUAAAAUAAGAUAAACAGUUGUUGACUGUGUUAACCAUCUCUACUUUUUACAGCCAUACAAUUAAUUCAGAAUGACUGAAUUGAUAGAGGUUCGAUUCCCUGGAUUAGGUCUGAACAUUAUUCAGGUAACUCUAACAAGUUAGGAAUUAGGAAUAAGUAAGUAACAUGUAAAACUAUUGCAGGAAGCCAUGAAAUGUACUCAAAUAGGACAUAGACCAACUGUUGAGAACACUGCAAAAAACAAACAUUUCCCAAUCACUUGAAAGUUUAAUCCAAACAUGUGAACAACAGCUUUAAAUAGUGUCCUGGAAUUUAUUAUUGCCAACGUUAUAAACUGAUACAAAUAUGUCUCUUUUGUGAUCAGUAGACGUCAAAACGUAAUAGAUACUCGUAAAAAGUACUAUAGUGAUGUUUGCCUAUAUUUGAGGUUACGUAACAUGGAUAAUUCUUCUUGUUUUCGAAAAUCAUAAACACUAUCUCAAAGUAAAAUCCUUUUCGUCUCCUAUCUAGAUCGAAUUUAACGUUCUUUCUUUAGAUUGCAUCUUCUUUUAAAUGAAAAACUACCCUUGUCUAGUCUAGUUCACAAUAUCCAAGGCUUAUCCAAAUCACAAGCCCACAAUUCAUCCUUACCUAUCUAUAGCAAGUUUACCGUUUUAACUUUCAAUUAUUGUACACUUUUUUAAAAUAACAAAAAAUAAUACACAGCUAAGAUACCUGGAUAGAUAAACGGAUAGAAAGACACGAGCACACGAUAUAUAAGUGAUUAAAAACUUGAUAACAAUACGUAAAAACACUAAUUUUCAUAAAAAAUGAACACCACCAUCCUUGUUUUGUUUGUUCUUCUACGUACAAUGGGAAUAUAUGUACAGUGAAAGCUCCCAUAAGCGGACACUCACGGUUCCGUAACUUUCGUCCGCUUAUGGGAGGUGUCAGUUUAAAAGAGAGUAUGUAAGUAUAGAGUAUAAAUAACGGGGUAUAUAAUCAUGAGGAAAUGAGGUAUUAUAAUCAUGAGAAAAAUGAAACAGAAACUCGCCACAUUUUUAAAGUAUGUAUUUAUGCUAUAUAUCUAUAUAAUAUAUGUACAUAUACGCAUACAAAAACAUAAAUGCUUCAAUACAUGGUACGAGAAUUUAAAAAAAACAUUAUUCUUUAGCUUGUUGAAAAAAGUUUAAAAUGUUUGUCUGACGAAAUUUCACCAUCUUUUGCUGAAGGAGACAAUUUUCGUAAUAACUUUCGAAAUUUUUCAAAUGUUGAAAUGCAGUGAAAUCAUCUUUAGCAAAUUUUUUCAAUAUAGAAAUAUGAUUUAGAGCUUCCCCAUAUGAAUUUAUCGUUUUUGAACCGCUUAGUGAGUCCACCAGUUCCAC